GGCAACAAAUGCGUGGAGUAGUUUUUCUGCAUCUUUCUGACAGGAUGUGUCUGAUUUUUGCAAUGUUACAUAGGUGAAAAAAUGCAGUCCUUGAAAUGUGUUUUAUGUGGGAGUUAAAGGACAUAUCCUGAUCAAAGAUUCUCUGUGGUGGUGCCAAGCACAAUUAACUCAGGUUUGUCUGAGUUUGAGGGUAGAAAAUUGCAGGUCAUCCAGUUCUUUAUGUCCUUAAGACAUGCUUGAAGUUUAUUUUAUUAUAAUUCGAAGACAGUUUUCUGUGAUAAAAAAUAAGAUGAGUCAUAACUCACUGAAAGUAUUCAGGUAAACUAUUGCUGGGUUAAACUGGGUUAUUUUACUUCUUUCUGUUCUUAAUAGGUAGCCUAUUGUAUUUAUACCCUGAGGUUAAAAAACUGCAGACAUGCAAAUAAAAGCAAAACCACACCCACCCCUGCCCCUUCUCAAACACGAUGUUCCUGUUUGUCAUAUGAUAAAUGGCAUAUGACAAAGAAGGAGGAAGUUGACUUAAACUUUUUAUUCAGUUUCCCUAGCCCUCAUUUCUGACAUGGUCAUGAUGAAGGCAGCAGUCGCCCUCUUGGCUCUCUCUCUCCUCCAUGUCGGCUCAUCAGUCCCUCUCAGCCGCCCAACCAACUGGCUCAGACAAUGUCGAGCCUCCGCUAACCUCCCCAUCACAGCACUGGAGGUGCUGCCUGGCGGAGGAUGGGACAAUCUUCGGAACAUUGAUAUGGGUCGAGUCAUGAACCUCAGCUACUUCCAGUGCCAGACCACUGAGGACGGGCUCUACCUCAUCCCAGACGAGGUGUUUGUCAUCCCCCACAAGGAAACGGGAGUGGAGACCAGCUCAGAGAUUAUCAGCUCCUGGCUGGAGGAGAAAAGCACGACAUCUAACAGUAUUAAUGCAGACAUAUCCUUUCUCUCGCUGCUGAAUGGCAAAUUUUCUACUGAGAACCAGAGGAUGAAAACUCACCAGAUAAAAGACUCUUCAAGUACAGCCAGAGUGCAGGUUCGUAACUUCAUCUACACAGUUAAGGCUUAUCCAGACUUCACUCUGGACUCCCGCUUUGCUCAACAAGCCAGAGAGAUAGCUGAUGCCAUUGAAAACAACCAAACAAGGAACGCAGCCUUUCUCUCAGAGAAGAUGGUGCUGGACUAUGGAACCCAUGUUAUCACCAGUGUCGAUGCCGGUGCUACUUUGGUGCAGGAAGACUACCUCCGUUCUUCUUAUGUGUCGGACAGCGCGUCACAAAGUUCCACUGUCAAAGCACAGGCUGGCUUAAACUUUUUUGACAAACUCAAGUUUGACAUAAGCAGUCAAAAUACCCAACAGAGCUCAUUGCUUCAAACGUAUCAGUCCAAUAUUCAGUAUUCCAUUAUUCAAAGCCAUGGAGGUGGUAUACCUUUCUAUCCUGGCAUCACUCUGCAGAAGUGGCAGGAAAGUACCAAGAACAACCUGGUUGCUAUUGAUCGGUCAGGAUUUCCUCUACAUUCUUUUAUAAACACCAACACCUUCCCUGACCUGCCACAGCCUACAGUUGGCAAAGUGGCUCUUACAGUGAGUCAGGCCAUACAGCAGUACUACAAAGUCAACACCCGCCCUGGCUGUGUUGACGUCAACUCCAAGAACUUUAACUUCCAGGCCAACAUUGAUGAUUCAUCCUGUGAGGGCCCUGCCACAAACCUCAGUUUUGGUGGUGUCUUCCAGCAGUGUAUUCCUAUUAGCCAAGAUGCAGGCCCCCUUUGUGAGGCCCUGGGCCAGAAAAACCCAGAGACAGGUGACUUCUCCUGUCGUCCGCCGUAUACCCCUACUCUACUGAGAUCAGAAGUGAGACAGCAGGGUUACACCUUGUACCAAUGCCAUAGAGAAAGCUAUGACUGUGGGUUUUGGGGGUUGUUCACUUGUAAUGAAAAAGUGUGUCAACACAACUACUACGUUCGCUCUGCUCACAUCAACACCUACUGGUGCUCUGUAAAUGGAAAGGCCCCAGACAACUCAGGGUAUCUUUUUGGAGGAAUAUACAGUCCCUCCCUCCUGAACCCCCUCACCAACAGCAAGAGCUGCCCCUCAAACUUCAUUCCAGUGAAGUUUCUCUCAGAUGGCCAAAUGAUUUGUGUGAGUAAUGACUAUGAAACUGGCACCAGAUUCUCAGUACCAUUCGGAGGCCUCUUUAGCUGUCAGUCAAGCAACCCGCUAGCAGGGAAUCAACGUCGCUGCCCUCCCAAGUUCAGUCAGCACCUUGCUACAGUCAGUGAUGGGUGUGAAAUUCUUUACUGUGUCCAGUCAGGACUGUUCACAGGUGGGCAGCUUAUACCGAUCCGUCUGCCUCCUUUCACCAUAACUCCACUUGUUAGCAUGCAAGCCACCAACACUGUCAUGGUGAUGACUGAGGGAGAAAAGAGCUGGGUCAGAGUAGGGACGACCAAAAUGUGGAAACUGGCCAAGCCAGAGGAAAUCAAGGAGAUGGUAAGAAGGCUUAAGCUACAUUCAAGUCCGAUGUCUAGUGGAGAAAAGGCAGGGGUAGCUUUUGCAGUGAUGGGUGUGGUAUUACUAGUGGUUGUAGGGGCAGUAAUCUUGCUAAAGAGAAGGAGGAUGCUGUCUGGGUUUAGGACAGCUAGAGGCUAUGUAGAAAUACGUGGAGAGGUUGAGCAUACUGAAGGUGAAAGGGAGACAGAGGAAAGGGAGACAGAGCAAGUUGAGGCAUAAAUUAUACCCUUAGCAUCACACCUUGACGCUCAGAGGCAGAAGUUAAUCUGGUGUGACAGAUUUUGUUUUUAACUUCCAUGUCAGUUUUACACGUCACCCCAGAAAUGUCAUGUAUCUUCCAUUUUUUUUUAAAUGUUUAUGGGUUCCUAGUUUGAAUGAGUUGGACUUUGCAUUUAUUAUUUUUCUUAUGAAAUGUUUAUGUAACCGGUCAGUAAUUCACAUUUUAACUACUGCUAUGGACAGUUCAUUCAAUAGUUUUAGAGAAACAUUUAUUGCUAGAAAUUUUUCCUGAAAGCAUGAUGUGCACCUUAACCCAGUGUGAAGCAUUAUUUUUACAUUAUUGUGAUUUAAGAGUAAUCUGCCUCUGAAACCAGCAAAUGAAACAUUGUAAGGCAAAGAAGUAGUUUCCAAAGGCCAAAGUGUACCAACACUGCCCUCUUGAGACCAAGAUUCACAAUAACAUGUAAACAUUUUUACUUUGCAUUUAAUUAUUUUAAUGCUUUAUAUGAUGUUGUUUGAAUGUAGCAUUCAUAAAACAUUUUUAAAUUAAUUUUUGUAAAUUACAGAUUAUUGAUGAACAUUUUG